CUUAAAAGGCCCUCCGCCGGCAUCCAAGGCGACGCCCUCCAGCACCACUCUCACAUAACAAGCUAGUGAGCACCGGAGCAGGGAAGCAAGCACCUCCCAGCGACGUACGUGCGUUCCCUGUUGCCGAUGUCGUCCUAGGUAGCUUGGAUCCACAUGGACUCCCCGCAAAAGAAGCUCGGAUCCACCAUGGACGGCGAGAUGCCACAUCUGCUGCCUGUGACGACGGUGAGUGAGACCGUGCCCAAGGACACGCUGGCCCCUCCUCCGGAGGCUGUCGUGAUUGUCAGCGCUUACGAGUUCUACCCCGCCUUCGUCGUCCUCCUCUACUACGCCCUGCACUACGCCAUGAUCUCCGCACGGUCCAUCUUCUUCCUGCUGACGCACGCGGAGGCGGUGGCCGCAGAGGUGAGCGCCCUGGACAUCGGGAUCGUGUGCUGCGCCGUGCUCCAGGCGGCCGCGGCGGUGCUGGCUGUGCAGCUCCCGUGCCACCGCGUCUGGGUCAGCUACGCCUUCGCCUACCUCGCCCUCGCGCUCACCAUCGUCGGCCAGUGCAUGUUCAUCGACCCAGGGGACGCCAUCUUCAUCAGCGCUGUGGGCGACCUCAUGUGCUUCCUGGCCCUCCUCCUGGUAGGUGACAAGUAAUUUGAACUAAAACCACGACGAGUAAUUUGGAAUUGAGGGAGUAGGACAGAGAAGCAGGUCAAGCAGAGUAUGUAUGUACGUGGCCGAUUAGUUCAGUUCUGUUAGAAGGCAUAGAGGAAUUUGGUGGAAUAGUUCGUUGUAUUGCUUGAGCAUCGUGGGCAUAUAUAUAUAAGAGUACAUGAUCUAUUUAGAGUA